UGCAAAUGCAGACCAUACAAUUGAGAUAGAAAAUGGAUUUGGGUUGUCAUCCAGACGCGCGUCCAGUCCAUCCAACCCGCAGCAGCAAUGUCGCAUCGGAUCCUCAACACCUCCAAGCCCACGCUGCCGCCGGCGCCUCCGCCUCCGCCUCAGCUGAUCCACCAAACGACACCGCCGAAGCUCGGCCGCCGUGCCGCCGCGGCCGCGGUCGCGGUCACCAUCGCGGCCUCGCCGGCACUCCUCGGUGCCGUCUCCCCGUCGGCCCGGGCGCAGGAGGCGUCGGCCUGCAUCGACGGGCUGCCCGUCACGGCCAAGGCAUUCCUGGACGUGUCCAUCGGCGGCGAGCCGGCCGGGCGCAUCACGGUGGGCCUGUUCGGCGACGCGGCCCCGGCCGGCGCGGCCCGGUUCCUGUCGCUCGCCACGGGCGUCGGGUACCGGCGCAAGGAGUUCGUGAAGGUGGUCCCCGGGUACGUGCAGCACGCCGGCGUGGUGUCCUACCCGGUCAUCCCCGCGGUGACCGACCGGCUGGCGGCCGAGAUGGACGCCGUGCGCGCGCGGUGCGGCGGCGGCGGCGCGAUGAACGCGGCGGGGGCGGUGUCGAUCGUGGUGCGGGACCCGAGCCUGCCGCCGCCGAAGCCGAAGCUGGUGGCGCGGGGCGGGCGGCUGGAGAUCCAGGAGGAGCAGGCGGGCGUGGUGCCCAACGGCACCGAGUUCGUGAUCGCCACCAGGGACUCCCCCGAGCUGGACGCGUCGGCGCUCGUGGUGGGCCGCGUCGUCGCCGGCAUGGACGUCGUCGGCAGGAUCGCCGCCGUCGCCACCGUCAAGGACAACACCGGCUCCGCCUACUUCAAGGUGGCCAAGCUGAUCGGGGACAAGAGAGCGGUGGUCGCAGAGCGAGGGUUCAACCGGCCAUACACCAAGAUCCUUGUCACCAACUGCGGAAUCCUUGACCUUGAGCAGCAGUAGCAGCAGGCAGCAGUGGCCGGAUGAAGCAAACAUAUCUGAGAUGCAUUCAUGCAUGCAUGGCUUCGUUUCUCUCCUUUUCAUUCUUUCAUGUAUGUCGUCUCGUCCACAUUGCAACCAACUACUAGAAAACGCCUAAAUGAACAAGUGAAGGGAUGAACAAGCUCGACUGUGUUCCAAACCAAAAUGUGCAUAGCCAUCCAAGAAACAAAGACAAGACCAAAAUGCUAGUAA